AUAGGCAGCCAUACUUACCAGAAAAUUAGAGAAAAACACACGAAGAAAAUAGGCUUCUUGUUUUAAUUAAACCAAGCUUAGCCACUAGUUCUCAGCGCCAGUGUUAACUUCAAGCGCCUUCAAUUGAAGUUACCCCAAUUGCGCGAUUUAAGCAAUAACUUUCUUGUUUGAAGGCUAAAAGAAAGUACGGGCCUCAUGGAUUCGGAAUCGACUCUUCUCGAGCGACACAGCUCCACGAACGAUCUGAACGAUGCUGAAGUGGAAGUCAAAACCACCGCUAGCACCAAGUUUGGCAUGGACGCUUCGGGUCACGCUACUGCCGACGCUGUGACCACCACCACCGCCACUCUGCGCGGAACCAACAAGAUCGGCAGCGGCAGCGACGAGGUAGAGGAGGACAUCUUCGAAGAAGUUAAGAUGAUUCUUCGCAAGCGCCGAGGCUGGGGGCCGGAGGAUUCCCUCAGCGCCAACGACUUGGGCCUGCUCGAGUACGACGACGAACUGGGAGAAGAGGAUGAUGCCGGAUGCCCGCUACCCUCGACCCCCGAGGACACUCAGCUUAUUGAGGCGGAGAUGACGGAAGUGCUGAAGGCUGGCGUUCUUUCCGAUGAAAUCGAUUUGGGAGCUUUGGCCCAUAAUGCCGCCGAGCAGGCGGAGGAAUUCGUGCGCAAGGUUUGGGAAGCCAGCUGGAAGGUGUGUCACUACAAAAAUCUGCCCAAGUGGUUGCAGGACAACGAUUUCCUGCACCGUGGCCAUCGCCCACCGUUGCCUUCGUUCCGCGCUUGCUUCAAGUCGAUCUUCCGUGUCCACACGGAAACUGGCAACAUCUGGACACAUCUGCUGGGCUGCAUCGCCUUCAUCGGCGUGGCUCUGUACUUCAUAUCGCGACCCUCUGUGGAGAUUCAAACUCAGGAGAAGCUCGUCUUUGGCGCCUUCUUUAUUGGGGCAAUCGUGUGCUUGGGAUUCUCAUUCGCUUUUCACACACUUAGCUGUCACUCUGUAGAGAUGGGAAGACUGUUUUCUAAACUAGACUACUGUGGAAUUGCGCUGCUCAUCAUGGGCUCCUUUGUUCCUUGGCUGUACUAUGGAUUUUAUUGUCAUUACCAGCCAAAGGUGAUCUACCUGUCAGUGGUGUGCGUGCUGGGCGUUCUCUCCAUCGUUGUCUCGCUGUGGGACAAGUUCUCGGAGCCGGGACUUCGGCCACUGCGCGCUGGCGUGUUCAUGAGCUUUGGCCUGUCCGGUGUGAUUCCCGCCGUGCAUUACAGCAUCAUGGAGGGAUGGUUUAGCCAGAUGAGUCGCGCCAGUCUAGGAUGGCUAAUUCUCAUGGGUCUUCUAUACAUUACCGGAGCUCUUCUCUACGCUCUUCGAGUGCCCGAACGUUGGUUCCCUGGGAAAUUCGACAUAUGGGGACAAUCUCAUCAAAUAUUCCACAUUCUGGUCAUUGCGGCUGCUUUUGUGCACUACCACGGCAUCUCAGAAAUGGCAAUGUACCGAGUGAUGUACAGCGAGUGUACUGUCCCCAUCGAACCAAUAACCUUGUAGAAGCUGAUGCGGAGGCCAAAAGAACAAUCAUCAUAAUACACACCCCCCCCAACACACACAUACAUAUAUAUUUAAACCAACAAAAAUCCGAUACAUUUUUGCGAAAUAGCGCAGUUUUACAAUGCAACCUUUUUAGCGUUUGGUGAGCAUUUGUACCUUGUUAUGAAAGUCCAACGGAACGAAAUUCAAGACACAUUUGAGGAUUACUCGCAUUUAUCAUCAAAAUCUGUCAUCCAUUGAAAGGCAAAAAGUUAGCUAAAAGGAAAAAAUAACCAUUUGAUUGUCGAAUGAAAUCUGCAGUAGAGUAAUUUAAUAUAUGUACAAUUAUUUAUAAAA